AUGGCACCCUCUUCGACGACCGCUGGGCGGAUAGACGAAGCCCGGGGUCUCGUGAAGAGCGACCCUUCCAAGGCCGAGAGCAUCCUCAAGGAAAUUCUUGCGCAAGGUACCGGCUCGUCUGAGGCCUCAUCGCGCGAUUACGAGAAUGCCCUGGUGUUGCUGGGAGAGCUCUACCGGGACCAGAAGAAGCCCCACGAGAUUGCCGAACUCAUCAAGACCAGCCGCGAUUCCUUCUCUUCAUUUGCCAAGGCAAAGACAGCUAAGCUGGUCCGCCAGCUGUUGGACCUGUUCAGCGAGAUCCCGAACACACUCGAUAUCCAAGUCUCCGUCAUCCAAUCAUGCAUUGAAUGGGCCAUCGCCGAGCGGAGGUCCUUCCUUCGUCAGAACCUCCAGACUCGCCUUGUAGCUAUCUACAUGCAGAAACAGACCUACUACGAUGCGCUCACCCUCAUCAACUCCCUCCUCCGCGAGCUAAAGCGCCUGGAUGACAAGCUCAUGCUGGUUGAGGUGCAGCUGCUGGAGUCGCGGGUGUACCAUGCAUUGGGCAACCAGGCCAAGGCACGUGCUGCCUUGACGGCAGCCCGGACAUCGGCCGCUUCCGUUUACACGCCGACGAACCUGCAGGCCGGUCUCGACAUGCAGAGUGGUAUGCUACACGCAGAGGACAAGGAUUUCAACACGUCAUUCUCCUAUUUCAUUGAGGCUCUGGAAGGGUACAGCUCCCUCGAUGAGGGAGAAAAGGCCACUGCGGCCCUCCAAUAUAUGCUGCUGUGCAAGAUCAUGUUGAACCUGGUGGAUGAUGUGACGAAUUUGCUGGGAUCGAAGCAGGCUCAGAAGUAUGCCAGCCCGCGACUCGAGGCCAUGAAGGCUGUGGCGCGUGCACAUGCCAACCGGUCCCUGGAGGAGUACGAAAAGGCGCUCUCGGACUACCGGUUCGAGCUGGGCAGUGAUACAUUCAUCCGCAACCACCUCCGCAGAUUGUACGAUGCCAUGUUGGAGCAGAACCUGAUCAAGGUUAUUGAACCUUUCAGCCGGGUCGAGCUGGACCACAUUGCUAAGAUGGUUGGGCUGGACACGCAGCAGGUGGAGCGGAAGCUCUCUCAGAUGAUCCUGGACAAGGUGAUUAUUGGAGUGCUCGACCAGGGGGCUGGAUGCCUGAUUGUCUACGAUGAGACGGAGCGGGACCAGGCAUACGAUGCUGCGUUGGACACGAUCGAGAAGCUGAGCAAUGUGGUGGAAGAGCUGUACACUAAUCAAGCAUCGCUGCUAGAGCCGGCAAAGCAAGUGACUUGCUUCUGUUCGUCCGCCCAGCAAUACACGCCCAUCUCUCCGGCCCUGCGCGGUCUGUCUCAUCGCCCCAAGGAUCUCCAUCCUCCAAUUCGCGGAUCUUCCCUUGCGGCCUCACCGUCUCAUCACGGACCAACCAUGAAUGCCCAGAUCCCACCCAACUACGGCCGUGGGUUCCCCCCACAAGCCGCCCAACGCUCCCCUGCCACGCCUCGUCGCGGUCCUCCAGGUCCUGCUGCUGCGAUGCCUGUCCCCAUGCCUCAGCACGCCGUUCCACCUCAAUACAUCCCUCCCCAGCGCAACAUGCAGCCUCCCAAUGACGCCGCCCUGCGUCGCAGCCGCAAACCCACCGACAAGAACAUCCCCGACGGCAUUGAGGAAGUAAUCAUCGGCGAAGGUGUGCAGCAGUACAAGAGCCUCCGCGACCUGGAGAAACGCCUCGAUGCAGCCAUUGUCCGUAAGCGCCUGGACAUCCAAGACUCCAUCAGCAAGACGGUCAAGAAGUACCGCACAAUGCGCAUUUGGAUCUCGAACACUGUCGAAAACCAACCUUGGCAGACUGCCAACGGUGCCGCCCCCGGAAGCAACCCCGGCUCCGGACGGUACAAGGUACGCAUCGAGGGACGUCUUCUGGACGACGACACCGACCCGACCGCCCCGGAGGACAGUGACGACGAAGCUACCGAGCAGACGGACAACGGCGACGCGAUGGAGCAAGAUGGACCUAACGCCAAUGCCACUACCAAAAAGUCGUCCAACAAGCGCUCCAAGCAGCGCUUCUCGCACUUCUUCAAAUCCAUCACCGUCGACUUCGAUAAGUCCUCCACCGCCAGCCCGGAGGAAGUCAAGCCAAUCACCUGGACCAAGCCGCAAUUACCCCCUAACACUGUCACUCUGCCGCCCACAGCAGACUUCGACUCGAUGCAGUUCACCCGCGCGUCACAGGAGAACCUGAACGUGACAUUCAGUCUCGUGCGCGACGAGACACCAGAACGGUUCAAGCUAAGCAAAGAGCUAGCAGAAGUACUAGACGUAGAGGAAGAAACACGAAGCGGCAUUGUUCUCGGCAUCUGGGACUACAUCCGUGCCAUGGGCCUUCAAGAAGAUGAAGAGAAGCGACUCGUCCGCUGUGACCAUCGUCUACGAUCGAUCUUCGGCCGCGACCAAAUGUUCUUCCCUCAGAUCCCCGAAAGCAUCGGCCCUCACACCAGCCCCAUUGACCCCAUCCACCUCCCCUACACCAUCCGCGUCGACGAAGACUACCACAAGGACCCGACCCCUACCGUCUACGACAUCCAAGUCGCCCUGGAAGACCCUCUCCGCUCCAAGAUGCUCGCCCUCACCCAAAACCCGCAAUACACGGCCUCCAUGCGCCAGAUCGCCACGCUAGACGACCAGGUCGCCCUCAUUGUGCAAGCCCUGACGCACUCCCGCGCCCGUCACUCCUUCUACACGGCUCUCAGCAAGGAUCCCGCUACGUUCGUCCGCCGCUGGAUCAAUUCCCAGCGCAGAGACUUGGAGACUAUUCUUGGAGAGGCGACGCGUGGUGGUGGCGAAGAUGCUAGUGGGCCUGAGUUCCGUCGUGGUGGUACGGAUGGCGUUUGGGAUACUACUGUGGCGAGGGAAGCGGUGCGGUAUAUGCUUGCUAAGCCAGAGGCGGCGAUGGGGAGGUGAUUCUUGAACUAGCUAGUUGACAGGGCAGAUUGUUGGUGGUGGUGUGGUAUUAAGUCGGUGAUAUGACAGGUGUAUUAUUUUGGAAUGUGGUUGGUGAUCAGCGAAGAAAAUAACUUACGAACGAUACUAGUUUAGUUAGUCGAUUAAGUAGGGCUUGUUUGAUGGGGGCGCUUUCGUGGUGUUUUGUCUUGGUUGGUUUUGAUUUCGGGAUGGUUGCUUCUUUCAGCUCUUUUACUAGUUCCCUUGUCAUCAAUAAUGUAUUCAGUUGCUUUGAGUGAAAUACAGAUCUUACUCGUAUCUGUUCUAUUUCCAGUAAGUAAGAAACCGACUAAUAAGUGUCACUGCUAAUUAGUAACUCUCAUGUGAGACCGUGUAAAUAUAUAUAUCAUG